AUGUCCACUCCGAACGAUCUUCAGGCCCUGCUGGCAUCUAUACGGCCACGCCCUUCUCCGAAUCAUGGGUCCGGACAAGACGCUAGCCAGCAGCAGCGGCCUGUUCAGCAGCCUGGGUAUGCGCAACCGCAAUACCACCACCCUGGCCACCCUGGCAUGUUUCCGCAUCACCCUCAGUACCCACCCUUUGAUGCUCGCGAGUUGCCUCCUGCCAUGCAUCAUCCGGAAAUGCACCGGUAUCAGGACCCUAGUGUUCACGGAUAUCAUCAUCCAUCUGUGGCAUCGGCCGUUCAGAGUCCUUCGCCGAUGAACCCAGUCAACACGCCCCCUCAUCAUGCAUCUGAUACCCUUAGUCCGAACGUGCCUUCCCCUCGUCCCGAUCAUAACCAGUACUCGCAGCCGAACCACAACGAUAGUGCUGCUAAUUUGCUUAAUCUCUUGAGAUUUAGUCAGGGCUCUGGUGCUGUGGCUCCGGCGACUGCUGCUGCUAUGGCUUCGGAACAAUCGCGGUCUCCUCCGGCUCAGGAAGUAGCCUCAUCUUUGCAGGGACGGAACAUGUCCUCGUCGAACUUGAUUGCUUCUUUGUUUGGCGGUGCUCAGGCUCCUGCCCAGAAUGCCGUGCCUGAGGUUGCAACCCCGGUUCAGGAAGAUGGUGCUCCAAGCGAUCAAACUCAGAACAUGUUGCUGCGCCUGCUCAAUCGAUCCCAAUUUGUCGAUGAGGUGACGGAAGUUCCACUCUCAGUCGCAUCAAACCAGGCCAAUCCCGAGGCAUCUCUUGAAACGAAACCAUUGGAGACCAAUGACGUUCUGACGGAGCCUGUCGCUUCCUUCGUUGAGGCUGCGAAACCGGAAACGGUCGUAUCUCCCUCGGCUUCUAAGGAUUCAAUGUUCACCUAUGUCAACCCAUUCGAUCAGCUGGCUGCCAUCUCGCCCGGCACUAGAUCCCCUCAGGCCAAGUCGGACUACGAGCCCUCGGUGCCCUCGGUUGUUGAAGAUAUGCAGAAGUUGAAGGUCGAUCCUUCCGCCGAUGCUGAGCCUUCUCCGGCUAUUGAAUUGGCCGCAACCCAGAAGCCGAAGCGAAGCAAGUCACCCGUUCUUGAGGUGGGACAGAAACAGGCUGUGGAUGAUGUCGUUAAACGUCUCGUCAGUGAGAUUGGGCGCUCGCUCAGCAGUGGGGAAAUCCAAGCUGAGAAGGCCCAGGUCGAAGCUCAGCUUGAGGCUGAGGUCGAGGCUGAAGUGGAAGCUGAAGUGGAAGCUGAAGCUCUCGCUGCCGAACCGACCGAAGCAGUGAUCUCAUCGAUCGCUGACCAGCUGCGGGAAACAGCCAUGGAGCCCAAAGAGACCGCCGAAAUGCCUCAAUCGAUUGUACCUGAAAAGGGAUCGGACAUCGACGCCGCUACCACCGCUGUUCAUCAGACCCGGAAUGAGAAUGCCGAGGCUCUGGCUGACAGCUGGGAGAGCGCCGAGGACAGCGCAGAGAAGGAAGAAGUGCGCGUUGUGUGCGUUCGGAAUUUCCCUCUACAGCCGUUCAUCUCUGUGAUUGUCAAACCGCAACCCGGGAAGGUUGUGUCAUUCCGUGACGACGCUGUCAUGGAUAUCGCCCGCCUUAAGAAGGAUUUCGAUCAGCUGGACCGCUCAUUGACUGCCGCCACAUCUGACUACAUCGUAUAUGCGCUUGCCAAGACUGGUGGAAUCCGGAUUAUUCGCCAGGACGAUGGCAGUGAUCGACAAGUCUUCCGGUCUACUCGGGACCGUGUCUUUAAUGUCUCCUUGUGCUCGUCUCUCUCUGCGGUAGGCCAGUCUGAUGUGCAGGCCAUUCUCGGAAUUGGUGUCAGCGGUGCUGUAUACUGGUCCUUGAUUUCACGGGAGGGCAAGGAUCUGUUUGAGAUGGAUGCGCUGGAGAGUGAAAGCCUCAUAUUCCCGCCCUUCCCUGCCUCGGACGAGAAUACCUCUGGUGGUCAGCUGAAAACGCGGGCCAAGCAGAGCAGUCGUCAUGCGGAUCUCAUCGCCAUUGGGCGGGGCAAGUGUAUUUAUGUUGUCUCUCCCCAAGCUGCGAUGAAUGCUAGCUAUGGUGUGUCCGGUGCUCAACGCACGGUGAACACGGAGAAAUUCUUCAAAGAGCGUGCUCUGAAGAUUUCGACUGGUAAAGCCGGGAAAGACUUCGCCUUCAGUGGUGAUGACACUGUCAUUGCGUCUUUGGACAAGACCGGCCGCUUGCGCUUCUGGGAUAUUCGUGACCUGCUGGAUCGUGACAGCUUCGUCGAGGGACCGGUACCGAGUGAGGUACGAGUUCCUUUGAACACAUUCGUGACUGGCUCUCCAGCAGAGAAGUCCUGGCCCACAUCGGUGCUCUUCGUGGACAAGUUGCGUCCAUACACACGAUCAAGUGCCCUUCGGUACGUUCUUGUAGGAUUGAAGCAGAACCACACCUUGCAGCUCUGGGAUAUUGGGCUCGGCAAGGCUGUUGGAGAGGUGAAUUUCCCUCAUGAGAACGAAUCGGAUGCAAUCUGUAGCGUGGUAUUCCAUGCCUCGUCGGGUAUCAUCGUAGUCGGACAUCCCACUCGCAAUUCGAUCUAUUUCGUGCAUCUGUCGGCGCCAAGAUACAACCUGCCUGGUAUGUCGCAAGCUGCCUUUAUCAAGGCCGCGGGUGACAAGGAAAGCUCUUUGCCCAGGCCAGAUUCGACUGCAUGCCUCAGUGGUAUUCGGGAGAUUUCGCUUGGUUCUAAGGGUCAGCUAAGAAGUUUGGAACUGCUACCACUAUCCAAGACUGGCACGGAGAAGCGUGCAUCGGAAGAGACUGAUCUCUUUGAGUUGUAUGUGAUGCACUCACGUGGAGUGACAUGUCUGAAUAUUAAGAGAGAUGAUUUGGGGUGGACAUCAGACAACAAAGUGAUUUGUCCGAUUGACGCCUUGGAGGAAGGUUCCAUCGAAGUUCGUGAACUUCAAUCAUUCCCACCAUCUAUUACUGAAGACCCCUCCGUUAACGGUGAUACUCCACCCCCAACGUCACGUAUUCCCAAGGACACCGUGAAGAAAAAUGACUUCGCCGAGUCCACUGGUAUUGCCUCUUCCUCGCGCAACCUCUCCUCCUCUCGCAACCAAUCCCCGAUCAAAUCUUCCCCCAAGAAAAAGCCCGUUGACGAGCAAUCUGAACCUGCCAACCUUCUCCAUCAUGAAAAGCUUGACAAGAAGAAGAAAAAGAAGGCUCCAUCCGACGCUGCAGUCAAACUCAAGGAUCCUGCUUCUACUGCUGGUGUUGAACCCCUUUCCCUUCCCUCCUCCAAAGAACUUGAACCUCUUGCCACCUCUGCUGCCACCAUGAGCAAUCCCAGCGCCGCUUAUGCAAUGGCAUCCUCCAACGGUCCUAACGGUGCUCAUUCUACUAUUGGUCAAAUCACUGAGGAGCAAAUGACCCGCCAGCUGGAGGAACAAGGCGUUAUUUCUCGCGGUGAGAUCGUCAAGGAAGUGAACGGAAUUUUCAAUUCCGGAAUGGAGCGCCUCUUUGAGCGCUUCGAUGACGAACGCCGCCAAUGGGAUGCUGCUUCCAAUGUCAAACAGGAGAACCUCCUCCGUCUUGUUGCAGAGAAGCUGAGUGACGACCUUGAGAAAAAUAUCCGACGCUUUUUCCAAGACGCCAUCAAAGAAGAUGUUGCUCCUGCCCUUGACGAAGGGAUCCAUCGUGCAAUUUCCCGAGAUCUACCAAAAGCCUUGAGAGAGCAGCUUCACCAAAUUAUGCCCCGCCUGGUCGAAUCAACAGUGGGGAACCCCCUUGUAAUUGACGCGGUUGCAAACUCCAUGGUAAAGAAGCUCGAGGCCGUCCAGAAGGCAGUCACCCUUUCUGCUACACAGGCAUUCCUGCCCUUCAUGGAUGACUUCGCGAAGCACACCAAGCAGGCUUCCGAUGAAGCCGAAGCACGAAUCAAGAGCUUGGAGGAGGCACGCGAGAAGGACCGCGAAAUCGCGAACCGAACCCUGGCCAAGCUCGAGCAGAUGGAAAACGCGAUGCGAGCCAUGGCGGCGCAGAUGGGUCAGCUCCCUGCCAACAACCGCCCAGCGACCAAUGUCGGGCCCACAAAUAUUGUCCCAGCAGCAAACAUCCCUGUGCAGGCUCAAGCCCAGGCUCCAGCCCCUCCAGCCCAGGCUCCGGUCCAGUCCUUGGCCCGGCAUUCUUCCUCUCAGGAUCCCCGCCUGUUGAACCGCUCGUCGCGCCCCUCUUCAGCUAUGGCGAAUGCCUCUGUCCCAGAUCUCUCGGAGGAGCUUGCCGACAUUGACCAGAUGCUUUCGGGACUCCAGCCCCAGUAUCAUGAAGCCAUUGUCAAGUGGCUUCAAUCUGCUCGCCAGGCAGAAAUCUUCGACAACUAUUUCUGCCACAUGAAUCCCUCAUUCCUCGCUCGGCUUCCUUCGAUUGUCGUCCUCUCCGCUGGUGUGGCUGUAACAGCGGCUCUGCAGCAGAAUAUUUCUGCUCGCCUCCACUGGCUCGAAGUGAGCUUGCGCAACGUGGACUUGCAGGAUCCGGAAGUCGGGGCAGUUGCGGCUCAGAUCCUGAGCCUGCUGAGCAACCGACUCAGCGAGCUGUACAACGCGGUCAACUCCCGAAAUCCCUCUUCCAGCCUCCUGCAGCAGAUCGUCCCGUUGUCCCGGGCGUUGCAGGAUAUGUACCGCCAACUCCCCGCCAACUAA